AAAAAAGUUGUAAGUUAAUCAACCUGUCAAUCAGACAUUAGUACCGGUCGAAACAAAAUUGUACAUGAACAAAGACCAUGAGGUUGCUGGACAUAGAACUCACCCUUAUUCAAAACACAGUCAUUCAAUGGCUUAAUAGACGAUACACACCCACAAUCACAUGUUCUGAAAGUGUGUGCGCGCGUCCCCCUCGGGCGUGUCAGUCAACACAAAAAGGCCAGUGUCACCCAGACCCAAUUUCCCCCGCCCCGCACACACCGGGUCCAUUGUCAGCACAUCUGUCCAUUGAAGUGAUGUAAUGGUCUGGUACUAGGAGGGAAGAGGCGUACAGACACCAUGGCAUUAAGAAUAGACAGGCGUCAGAGUGCGCUAGCAUCAUCACCUUUUCAGUGGAAUAACAACCUUAAAUCAACAUGAUAACUGCCAGGCUCAUACUCCUACUGGGUAUCGUGGGUGUCACCUCAGCCAAUGAAGUUGGCCUGGGCGGAAAGGUGCUGGUCUUCCCGUAUGAGACGGACUUCAGCUUCGUGGCGCUCAUCCCCCAAAAGGAGAUGGACCUGCGGGCGUUCACGCUGUGCAUGCGCGUGGCCACCGAGCUGGAGGGCGAGCGGCAGAUCAUCCUGUUCGCCUACCGCACGCCCGACUACGACGAGCUUAACGUGUGGCGCGAGAAAGACGGCCGCAUCGCCUUCUACCUGAGUGGCGACGGCGCCUUCUUCCACCUGCCGCCCAUCACCACAUUCAGAACGAGUCUCUGCCUCACCUGGGAGUCCCGUACCGGGCUGGCCGCCUUCUGGGUGGACGGCCGCCGCAGCACCUACCAGGUGUACAAGCCGGGCCAUACCAUCCGGCCCAAGGGGACCAUUCUCCUUGGGCAAGACCCGGACAAACACCUGGGAGACCUGGAGGCAGUGCAGAGCUUUGUGGGGGAAGUGACCGACCUCAACAUGUGGGACUAUGUGCUGCCCAGAAGCCAGAUCCAAGCCCUGCAUUACGAACAUAAGAUCACCAAAGGAAACAUCUUUGACUGGGCCACCAUCGAGUACCAGCUGAACGGGAAUGUGAUGGUGGUGGAUGAUGACUGACUCGGAGUGGAGUCGCGAGCGAACGCGGAUGUGACCCGUUUGUGUGUCUGUGCUGGCCUGCUACUGACCUUUUUUCAUUAGUUUGGUCUUCUCGAUCUAGUCACUUGCAUGCCUUAUGUAGUCAAUUAACAAUGUUCACUCACGAAAUACCAAUUGUUUCAUAAGAAAAGAUGGACAUUUUGUGAUGUUUAAAAAGUCUAUGCAGAAAUGUCAAACCCAGUUGAUUCCAAAAGGUCCUUUCUUUUUAUAACUAACUAUUUAGGAUAGAUACGAUAUGUCCACUCACCUAAUGCAUAGAUGGUGAGAUUAACCAUAUUUUAUUAGCAUUCCAGCAGUUUUUAUGUUAAUUCAUGAAGCAAGAUGUGAAAAUGUGGUAUACACUUGUCUCGUGGCUGGUGAGCACUAUUUUCAAUGGAAUGUACCAGAUUUAACCACAAGGUGGCAGUAUAUGCUUGUUUCUUUAAUCAGUGAACUCCAAAUAAUACAUUUCAUGAUAAUGCGAGGUGUUAUUUUUUUAUUUAACUAGGCAAGUCAGUUAAGAACAGAUUCUUAUUUACAAUGACGGCCGACACCGGCCAAACACGAACAACUUUGGGCGCCGCCCUAUGGGACUCCCAAUCACAGCCUGGAUUCGAACCGGGGUGCCUGGAGUGACGCCUCUAGCACGGAGAUGCUGUGCCUUAGACCGCUGCACCUCUCGGGAGCCCAAAUGGUGUGACAUUCUUGUGCUCAAGAUUUCAAUUGCUUUUGUUCCCGCUAAUGGCUAAAUUGAAACGGUUUACAUUAGACCUGCAACGUUAAAAUCAUGCACUUCCUUCAAAUGAUUUGAUAUUGAUUUUAUUCUUGAAAGUUAACCAUGUUACCACUAUUUUGACAAUUGUUUAUGGAAAACAGGAUGAGUGAAAGGUGAAUGAAAGCUGAAAGAGAAGUAUGAUUCAUUAUUUCUAUACUUGAUCAUUUAACUGCGCUUUGGGACAAACUGCGAUUGUGAUGUUUAAAAGCUCUUGCCAUAAUGUUGCCUUUGGUUAUCACACUCCCUCUCAUAAAUGUUCAAUGUUUAAACUGAUGUAAGAAUGCUUUUUGGGUCUGAAAUCAGAUCUUGGCAUGUGCAUAACUAAAAGUGUGUGUUUAUUAAAGAGAAAAUAGGUCUGAAGUU